GUCACACGGGGUGUGGCCACGGAAAAUACAAGUGCCUUAGGAUGACGUAACAUCUUCGUUUAUUGGGCGGACGGCGCAGCCUGAGGAGCAGUUACACGCUACUCUCCUCGCUGUGUUGGAAGACGUCUGCGCACCGCUUUUAGUUAGCAGUUGACUCGCCUAUCGGCGCACAGGACGUGUAAUUUCUCUCUCCGGGUUUGCGCCUUUUUUUUCCCUGUUUUAAGAGCUAUGUCUGCCAACAGACCUGGGCCUGGCGGGGACAACAUAGAUGCAAAGCAAGGCGAUGGAAAACAGUAAGUCUGUCAGCCAGCGGGGUCUUUGUUUGCAUCUUCGCCUAUGGACGUCGAUGCUACACCCCACUCCCACAGCUUCAGAUACAGCCUCAGUUUCCCCAGCAUUGGCCAGUGCAUCGUCAUCAACAACAAGAACUUUGACAGGAGCACAGGCAUGAAUCAGCGGAAUGGCACAGAUGUCGACGCAGGCAACGUCUGUAAAGUGUUUACAAAGUUGGGGUAUAAGGUGAAGAUUUUCAACGAUCAAACAACCAAUCAGAUGGUGAAGAUUUUAAGCGCAGCGUCUAAGGAAGAUCACAGCAACUCGGCCUCAUUUGUCUGCGUUCUCCUGAGCCACGGGGAUGAAGGUGUAUUCUACGGCACCGAUGGCCCACUACAGCUCCAGACGCUUACCUCAUUUUUCCGAGGCAAUCGCUGUAAAUCUCUGGUGGGAAAACCCAAACUUUUCUUUAUCCAGGCUUGCAGAGGCACCGAUCUUGAUCCGGGUGUUGAAUCAGAUAGCCCAGAAGAAACCACAAAGAUCCCUGUGGAAGCAGACUUUCUAUAUGCCUUCUCCACAGCUCCAGGCUACUACUCCUGGAGGAACACAAUGAGUGGAUCUUGGUUUAUCCAGUCACUUUGCGACAUAAUCGGCAAAUACGGAAAAGAACUGGAGCUACUGCACAUCAUGACACGAGUAAACCACAAGGUGGCAAUAGAAUUUGAGUCUGUGUCCAAUGAACCAGGGUUUAAUGCAAUGAAGCAGAUCCCAUGCAUUGUGUCAAUGCUGACCAAAGAGAUGUAUUUUUACCCUUGAUGUUGAAUUCACACGACAAACAUGAGUUUGACACACAUGGUUUAAGAUUUGGGUUGUGCAUUAUAGUUUCCACAUAAGUCUAGUAAAAACAAAAUUUUCUUGGUAGCAAAUGUGAUGCAUCCAUAUUCUUUAAUUUCACGGGCUUGGCAUUAUUGGUAUCACAAUAUGUGUUGUGUAUUCCUGAUAGGAAUGGAAUUCAACUUUUGAUAUUACAUGUGUUUGUUUUAGGUUUGUUUUGUUUCGAUAAACACUCUUAGCUGCGACAAUUUUAUUUUAUUUUUUAAACCUGAAAUGAACUAGUCAGAAACUAUAGGUGAUAAUACCUGUCAUUGCACUGUGAGUCCAAGCUCACAUGGUGUGAUUGAUGUGGGUUCUGGCUCGGUUUGCCCCUUCGUCCACUUCAUACCCCUCUCAUACAUGGGCAUCCUUCUAUCUUUUUGUACCUGUAAACAAACAAUUUCCAUAUUUAAUCAUUGCGUUUCAGUUCAAGAUUGAAUCUUAUUUCCAUCAGUUGUGGUUCUGAUCUUAUAUUAGGCCUCUUUUUGCCCCUUCAUCAGGUUCUACAUGAUAUAAGGAACGUAUUAAAUUGUUAAAUUAUUGGAAUAUUAUUGAAUAUUCAGUUAUAGUAUGGGUUGGUAUUAAACCAUGUUUCCUCAAUCUUCUUACUUUUCCAUCAUCGCAAUGUUCCAUCUACUCUCUGUGAGCUUUAGCAUAUUGAUCCCCAUAGCUACAGUGAUGUAAAAAGAUAUUUUGACCCACUCUCCUUUGCAGAAUUUUUAAAAUUCAUCCACAUUGAAGGAUUUGCAAGAAUAAAUGGCCUGUUUUAGGGCAUGAUAAUCCAUCUCGAUGCGAUUUAAGUUCAGGCUUUUAUUAUGCCAAUCCUAAGGUCACAGACUGAUGUUUGAACAUUUACUUUUAGGACUUUUUAUUAAAAAGCUGAUUAAUGAUUCCAUCAGUUACAGAGAGGUAUCUAGGUCCUGAAGCAGCCCCAGACCAUCACACUACCACCACCAUGUUUUACUGUAUGUAUAAUGUUCUUUAUUUAUAUAUGAUGAGUUAGUUUUACACAGAACUCACAGCUUCCAAAAAGCUCCACUUUUGUUUCAUCCAUCCAAAGAAUAUUUUUUCAAAGGUUUGGGGGGACCGACUGGACUCCCUGGAGUCCCAGAGCCUUACAGUAACACUAUUCUGACUGAUGGAUGACAAUGACUCUUUUUUUUUUUAUAUAAUCUAUAUUUCUUUAGAUCAGGGCAUGAUGUGUUGCUUUUUGGGAUAUUUUUGCGUACUUCAUGUUUCCAGGCAGGUUCUGUUUAAGUGUCCUCUUAAUUCUUUAGGUCUGGGUGUGGCUAGUGAAAUUGAACCCAAAAAAAAGUGGUUAGGCACUUAAUUCAUGAUUUAACAAGGGGAGUAAUUAUAAGAUGCAUUUUGUGUUUAGUCAAAUUAUCUUUGUUAGCACAAUUUGUUUGAUUUAAAACAUUCAAAUAUGUUCCAAAAAGAGCAAAAACAGUAAACGUUUGUAGGGGACAGAUGCUUUUUCAUGACACUGUAUAGUAUGUGUGGGCAUCAAGGUCAGGGAAACACCAACUGGUCAAAUAUAUUAUUUGGAAACAGAACAUGAAGGUAAAGAAUUUAUGAAUAAUGUAUGUAAAGGAGUUCAAAUGGAUUUACUAAGGAAGCGAUCCUUUGUGAAUGCAUAUUUGCAAAUAUUGCCAUUGCAGCCGUAAUUGCAAUUGGAUUUAUUGUGCAGCUGUACUCUUGAUCAAACCAAAACAACUCCUGCUGGUAGAUGAUAUUUAUUGGAGUAUGUGCCUCCAUUUACGUACAGCAUAUUAAGGAGAAAUAGUUGACAUCAUUGUUUGUCAAAGCAAGUUUGAGACAUCUCCAGGGCGGAUUUGAAUUGACGCAUUGUUGAUGGUGCUUCUUUUCACACCCACAAUCUCAGGUACGAAAGGCCAACAAAUUGGCAACACUGUGAAGCAACGAGGGGCAAAAACAAUCGGCACCCAUUGAUAUCUCUACUGUUUACAUCAUACACAUUUCAGGGAGAUGCCUCUUACAGCCCCUUUGUCUCUUUUUGUACUUUUAUAAUCAUGAAACCAUCAAUGUGUUUGAGGAGAAACGUCGUUCUAGGAAAUAUUGUCUUUUUAAAGUUGUGCUCUCUUCUAUUUCACUGGACAAUUCGAAUCCAAAUAAUAAUGUUCAGAAUUUGUGAAAUCUUAGGGUAAAAGCAACAAGUUUGCUCUAGUAGUAAAUAAUGUUUAAUAAGGUCAGAAGUGUCCUGUGAGCGAUGCUCAGAAUUAGGCUUGUCUUUUGUUUUCUAUGAUUGGAUUUCUUCUGAUUGGUUGUUUUCUAGGUAAGUUCAAAAUGCUGGCUUGAGUGUUUCAGUCCGAAGUUGUUUUUUCCUUUGCAGCGAUUAAAUGCCUGGUUUUGAACUUACGGGGCAAAACUGAAAGCUAGUAAGCAGUCAUUUAUUACAGAAGAAACAAACGAGGUGCAGGAAUAUUCUGUCUAAUAUUCAUGUUGUUUAUUUCAGGUAAAGUUACUUUAAAUUGACCAGUUUUGGCUUUGUUUCUGUUAUUCUUACAGUGAAAUCUACAUCUUUGAUGUAAUUUUUUCAUGUUGAUCCAGCAGAACAAGGAUUUUGAAUAUGUACAUUAAUAAAAAAAAAUGUCUUUAAUUGGUUAUAGAAACCAUGAAAGCCAUGCAGAUCUACACCAAUGUUGUGGUAAAAUAGUUUUGUUGCCUUAAAGCUUUUUGUACUAGUUUGGAUAAGCAAUCUGAUAAAAAUGAGUCAAUGUGGGGUCAAAAGUUUGUUUUUUGUGGUGAUUCUAUCAUUUGUUUUGCAUUCUCUCUUUUUAAUUGGUCAUAUGCAUGAAUUCAGUGACAUAAAUAAUCAUUCACUUCUGCUGGUUUAUUCAAUGUUAAAUGUGGACAAUCCUGAUUUUUAAAUUUGUAAUAAACAAUAUCACUGUUUAUCAGCAGCUACAUUAUAAACUUAAUGGAAUGUUUUUGUUCUCAAAAAUAAACUCUUUCAAUUGUG